AUGGGUCGUAAGCUGAAAUAUCAUGAACAAAAGCUUCUCAAGAAAACAAAUCUAUACCACUGGAAAGGUGAAAACAACCUCCGUUCUGGACAAGUAGUUGGCAUUUAUUGCCUUGAUAAUUCAGAGGAAUAUCAUCAAUAUAACAGAUUAGUUGGUAAGAUCCAGCGUUUUACAAACACACUCAGACAAAUGGGACCAGAAGAUAAAGUCCGUAUUGAUUUAACAAAGCAAUUUGUCGAUCGCGUUUAUAAACUCGGAAUUAUCGAAACUCCACAAUUAUCUGAAUGCGAAAAAAUCAAUGUUGUCGCUAUUUGCAAGCGUAGACUACCUGUUAUUAUGGUUAAUUUGAAGUUUUGCCAAAGAAUUAGCGAAGCUGACAAAUUAGUUCGCCAAGGACAUGUUAGAAUCGGUCCUGAUGUUGUAACUAAUCCAGCUACAUUAGUUUCUAAGGAAAUGGAGGAUUAUAUUAACUGGGCUCACGGAUCUAAGAUUGAAGCUCACGUUAAGAAGUUCAACCAGCAAUAUGAUGAUUUCGACAAUCUUGAAUAG